GCCAGAGUCGCCGCUGGGUUGCCAGACGCUGGAAUGGGUGGUCUCCCGAUACGCACCACCAUCUUUUUUGCACUCAGAGAGCUCGGGACUCAGCAGCUCCCAGACGCUGCGGCAGCGGCACGGGCGAGGCGGGAAUAGGAAAGUCAAGAGGCUGAAUUCUGAAGAAUGUUUCCGAAGUGUAAUCUGGCUGUCACUGGCUGGGUAUGGAGGAGCAUGAGGAAGCUAUUUCUGUUACUUUCUCUCUUGCUGUCCCAUGCGGCUCAUUUGGAAGGCAAAAAGGAUAAUCAGUUCAUCUGGAAACCAGGCCCCUGGGGAAGGUGUACCGGAAACUGUGGGCCCGGCGGAAGCCAGAGCCGUGGCCUGUGGUGCUUCCACUCUGAGGGGUGGACCGGCCACCCGUCUGACUGUGAUGAGCACCACAGACCUCCGAAGGAAAGAAGCUGCUUCCGCGUCUGUGACUGGCACAGAGGCCUCUUCCAGUGGGAGGUUUCCGACUGGCAGCCCUGUGUACUGGCUCCGCCGGCCCCGGGCCUCGCCAGGCCCCGGGCCGCAGAGUGUGUGACCGCCCAGCACGGGUUGCAGCAUCGGGCGGUGCGCUGUGUUCAGAAGCUGAACAGAACCAUGGUUGUGAAUGAGAUAUGUGAACACUUUGCCCCUCAGCCCCCCACGGAACAAGCGUGCCUCAUCCCUUGCCCGCGGGGCUGUGUGGUGUCUGAGUUCUCGCCGUGGUCUGCGUGUAGCAGUGGGUGUGGGAGGCGGUUACAGCACAGAACCCGCUCAGCCAUCGCCCCCCCUCUCUACGGAGGGUCUCAGUGUCCGAACUUGACUGAGGCAAGAGCCUGUGAUGCUCCCAUUUCUUGCCCUCUUGGCGCAGAGGAAUACACGUUUAGCCUUAAAGUUGGCCCAUGGAGUAAAUGUAGACUGCCUCAUCUCAAAGAACUUAACCUAAGUGGAAGAACCGUUCUGGAUUUUAGCUCUGAGUCGAAGGAGUUGGUCACUUUCAGACAUCACACUUACAAGGCGCAUCACCAUUCCAAGUCCUGGGACACAGAGAUAGGUUAUCAAACCCGCCAGGUUUGGUGUACAAGGAGUGACGGAAGAAAUGCUGUGUUAAGCCUUUGCAUGCAGGAUUCCUUCCCUUUGACUGUCCAGUCCUGCAUCAUGCCGAAAGACUGUGAAACUACUGAGUGGUCUUCCUGGAGCCCCUGCUCUAAGACCUGUCGUUCAGGGAGUCUCUCGCCAGGAUUUAGGAGCAGGAGCCGCGAUGUGAAGCACGUUGCUCUUGGAGGUGGGAAGGAUUGCCCUGAACUUCUCGAGAAAGAAGCCUGCAUUGUCGAAGGGGAGCUUCUGCACUUGUGUCCCAGGUAUUCCUGGAAGACCUCUGAAUGGAAAGAAUGCCAAGUCUCUCUCCUCGAGCAGCAGUCCCUCCACUGGCAUGAGACGGGACCCAUUUGUGGAGGUGGGAUCCAGACCCGAGAGGUGUUCUGUGCCCAGAGCACACCAGCGUCCACAGCACAGAGGGCCAAGGAAGGUUUUAGAAUGAGACAGCGCCAUGUCCUUGUGGAAUCAACGGGGCCUGCGGGCCGUUGCCCUCACUUGGUGGAAUCUGUUCCUUGUGAGGAUCCUGUGUGUUAUCAGUGGCUGACGUCGGAAGGGAUCUGUAUCCCUGACCAUGGCAAGUGUGGCCCCGGACAUCGCAUCCUGAAGGCUGUCUGCCGGGAUGAGCAAGGAGAAGAGGUAUCAGGGAGUCUCUGCCCAGCAUCUCCGCCUCCUGAACAGAUGGACUGUGAAAUUCCCUGCCGGAUGGAUUGUGUGGUGAGCGAGUGGACACAGUGGUCAUCCUGCUCUCAGUCUUGUUCAAAUAAAAACUCAGAUGGGAAACAGACCAGGUCAAGGACUAUCCUGGCAUUGGCUGGAGAAGGUGGAAAACCAUGCCCUCCUAGUCAGGCCCUCCAAGAGCAUCGCUCAUGCAACGACCAUUCAUGCAUGCAGCUCUACUGGGAGACAUCACCUUGGGGCCCCUGUUCUGAAGACACAUUAGUAACUGCCCUUAAUGCAACCAUUGGCUGGAAUGGAGAAGCUACAUGCGGUGUGGGCAUUCAGACACGGAGAGUCUUCUGUGUCAAGAGUCACGUGGGACAAGUGAUGACAAAAAGAUGCCCGGAAUCUACUCGGCCAGAAACUGUACGUGCUUGCCUGCUCCCGUGCAAAAAAGACUGUCUUGUGACCGCUUUCAGCGAGUGGACUCCCUGCCCAAGGCUGUGCCCACCAGGAAAUGCUACAAUAAAACAGUCUCGAUAUAGGAUUAUCAUCCAAGAAGCAGCCAACGGAGGCCAAGAAUGCCCAGAUACCUUAUUUGAAGAGCGAGAGUGUGAAGAUGUGUCAUUGUGCUCCACAUAUCGAUGGAGGCCACAGAAAUGGAGCCCCUGUAUCCUAGUGCCAGAGUCUGUCAGGCAGGGAGUAAUGGGUACCAGUGAAGCCUGCGGAAAGGGGGUGCAAACAAGAGCUGUCUCAUGCAUCUCUGAUAAUAACCAGUCAGCAGAAAUGACAGAAUGCCUCAAGCAGAUAAAUGGCAUGCCUCCCCUCGUGCAAGAAUGUACAGUCCCAUGUCGCGAUGACUGCACCUUCACGGCUUGGUCCAAGUUUACGCCCUGCUCCACGAAUUGUGAAACAACUCGAAGUAGAAGGCGACAGCUCACAGGGAAAAGCAGAAAGAAGGAGAAAUGCCAGGAUGCUGACUUGUACCCUCUAGUGGAAACAGAACCAUGUCCUUGUGAUGUGUUUACAUCUCAUCCUUAUGGAAACUGGUCAGAUUGCAUCCUUCCUGAAAGCAGAAAGGAGCCUCACAGAGGACUGCGGGUACAAGGAGGCACCACAGAAUGUGGAGAAGGCAUGCGCUUUCGGGCAAUAGCCUGCUCUGAUAGAAAUGGAAGACCUGUUGACCCUGUCCACUGCAACAGUUCUGGCUAUAUUCAAGAAGAAUGUGUCAUUCCUUGCCCAUUUGAUUGCAAAUUAAGCGACUGGUCAAGUUGGGGGUCUUGCAGUUCAUCUUGUGGGAUUGGAGUGAGAAUUCGAUCGAAAUGGCUGAAAGAAAAACCAUACAAUGGAGGUCGCCCGUGUCCCAAAUUGGAUCUCAAGAAUCAGGUGCAUGAGGCAGUCCCAUGUUACAGUGAGUGCAAUCAGUAUUCCUGGGUUGUAGAGCACUGGUCUCCAUGCAAAAUCCACAAUGAGCUGAGGUCCCUGCGCUGUGGAGGAGGAACGCAAUCUAGGAAAAUCAGGUGCAUGAAUGCUGCUGAUGGUGAAGGGGGAGCUGUGGAUAACAGCCUGUGCAACCAGGAUGAGAUUCCCCCAGAAACCCAGUCCUGCUCUCUCCUGUGUCCCAACGAAUGUGUCAUGUCUGAGUGGGGACCUUGGAGCACAUGCCCACGGUCGUGUGAUCCUCACACAACGCAGAGGAGAACCCGCUACCUGCUGAGGCCCUCCGUGAGCUCGAGGACGUGUGCUGAAGACUCACAGGUGCGGCCCUGCCUUCUCAAUGAAAAUUGCUUCCAGUUCCAGUACAAUCUAACAGAGUGGAGUACAUGCCAGCUGAGUGAAAAUGCAACCUGUGGGCAAGGCUUCAGGACCCGCCUUCUGAGCUGUGUGCGUAGUGAUGGCAAACUCGUUGCCAUGGACGAAUGCGAGCAGCGUAACUUGGAGAAGCCGCAGAGGAUGAACCGUCACUGCCUGGUGGAGUGUGUGGUCAACUGUCAGUUGUCGGGAUGGACAGCUUGGACAGAGUGCUCACAGACUUGUGGCCUCAGAGGUCAGAGGAGCCGGACUCGAUUUAUCCUUAUGCCAACCCAAGGAGAAGGCCGGCCAUGUCCCACAGAGCUUACCCAGCACAAAACCUGCCCCAUGACCCCCUGCUACAGCUGGGUCCUCAGCAACUGGUCUGCAUGUAAAUUGGAGGGUGGAGACUGUGGGGAAGGCGUCCAGGCCCGCAGCCUCUCCUGUGUGGUCCACAACGGUUCAAUAUCUCCCUGGACUGUACGUGUAGACAAUGCACUGUGUGGAGAGAUGCCCUUUCAAGACAGCAUCUUGAAACAGCCGUGUUCAGUGCCUUGCCCGGGAGACUGCCAUUUAACAGAAUGGUCAGCGUGGAGCACGUGUGAGCUGACCUGCAUUGAUGGAAGAAGCUUCGAGACUCUGGGUCGCCAAUCUAGGUCAAGGACAUUUAUAAUUCAGUCUUUUGAGAACCAAGACAGCUGCCCCCAGCAGGUUCUAGAAACACGCCCUUGUACAGGAGGUAAAUGUUAUCACUACACAUGGAAAGCAAGUCUUUGGAACAAUAAUGAACGAACUGUGUGGUGCCAACGUUCAGAUGGCAUUAACGUCACAGGAGGCUGCUCCCCUCAGGCACGCCCUGCUGCUAUUCGGCAGUGUAACCCAGCUUGCAGAAAACCUUUCUCCUACUGCACACAGGGUGGAGUCUGUGGUUGUGAGAAAGGCUAUACAGAGAUCAUGAGAUCAAAUGGUCUCCUGGAUUACUGCAUGAAGGUACCAGGCUCAGAGGAUAAAAAAGCUGAUGUGAAAAACCUUGCUGGGAAAAACAGACCUGUGAAUUCAAAAAUACAUGAUAUUUUUAAAGGAUGGUCUCUCCAACCCCUUGAUCCAGAUGGCCGAGUGAAAAUUUGGGUUUAUGGCGUUUCAGGUGGUGGUUUUCUUAUCAUGAUUUUCCUAGUAUUUACUUCCUACCUUGUUUGCAAGAAGCCAAAACCACAUCAAAGCACACCUCCCCAACAGAAGCCUCUGACCUUAGCCUACGAUGGAGACUUAGACAUGUAACCUGAAAAAAGAAAUCCAAAUGUAGACAUCAACUGCCUUAACCGCUUUCUAUUUUGUAGCUCUCAGACUUCUCAGUUUUUUGAGGAAUCUCAUGGUGUGAUAUACUGGGCAGAAUACAAAUACUGCGAAAGUAAUAUUGCCUCAACUUCAUUUGGACAUGGAGUCAAGGAUUAUUAGGUCUGCCAUUUUGCUUUCCAGUUGUUUGUGGGUGUGAGUGUUUAAUGUUUUUUAUUUUCCCAAGGGACCUGAAAACCCUUCUCUUCCUGUUUGAAAAUGGGAGGAAGAAAACAUGAUGGAAUUCCCACAGACUUAAGUAAAUUUUAUCCUCAGCAGCAUGAUGACAAUCCAGAGGCCAAGGCUUUUACUGUAAAUGAUCAGUCUGACACCACAUUCUUAUGCACUAUAUUAGUGCAAAUCCUUAUUCUUCCCAUACUUCAACACUGAGUUUUCUAGAAUUUACAUUGGUUCAAAGACUUUCAAAUUGGAUUGCCUAUUUUCAUGAACACAGAGAGAAUGGGUUACCAUUUCAGAAAUUCUGAGUUUUUACCUUUACAGAUUGUAUUUUGUUUUGUAGCCAGGAGGAUGAUGGCACUUCAUGGGUUGCAUCUAUUGAAAUCAAAUGAAAUGUGUGUAAUUGCUGGACUAGAUGAAAGCUAGGUUUUGAAUGAAAUGUGUAUUGAAUGUUAGGGUGUACAAAUGAAACCAGAGGUUAUAUUGGAAAAAAGAGGUAAAUUAUUUAAUUACUAAAACUGUAUUUUAACAAAAACCUUACCAUGUAGAUAUAGCAUUAGCCACACACAGUUGUAAUUCAGUUUAAUGAUGACAAACUCUGCUUUUGUAAUUUCAAUUUUCUUAUCUGAAUAUUUAUAAAUUCUUUUUUUGAAUUUAAUUAUCUGACCUCAUUUAAUAUACAUCGAACACCGAUCCUGUUUGUAGCAAGUCUUGCUUUUAUAAGGUUUCAAUAAUAUCUAAAACAACACAUCAAAGAGCUGAAACCGUUUUAUGAAGAUGAAUGUUUGUAAUCGUAGAUGUUGAGAAG